AUGACCGAACCUGACAAGCACGACCUCGAAGCAUCACCCAACUCCACCAAGUCCUCACCCCUCAAAGACAAAUCCAUUCCCCCCAACCUCAUAACCUGGACCACCCCCACCGACCCCUCCAACCCCCAAAACUGGCCCAAAAGCCUCAAAUGGAAAAACACAUUAUCCAUCUCCCUCUUCGUCUUCAUCUCGCCCAUCUCCUCCUCAAUGAUCGCCCCAGCAAUGAACGACCUCGCGCAGUCGUUGAACAUGAUACACUCCGAAUUCGAGACAUAUCUGUCCCUGAGUAUAUUUAUCUUGGGGUAUGCUAUUGGACCCGUGUUCUUUGGGCCUGCGUCGGAGGUGUAUGGACGGGUGAGGAUCUUGCAGGUGAGUAAUUUGUGGUAUUUGGGGUGGAAUUUGGGGUGUGGGUUUGCGAGAAAUAAGGGGGUUUUGUUUGUUUGUAGGUUCCUUGCUGGGGUGGGGGGGAGUGCGCCGUUGGCUGUUGGGGGUGGGGCUAUUAGUGAUAUGUGGGCUGCGGAAGAACGGGGAAAAGCUAUGGGAGUGUAUACUCUCGGACCAUUACUGGGCCCCGUGGUGGGACCGAUAGCCGGAGGAUUUAUCGCCGAGUAUUCGACCUGGCGGUGGGUGUUUUGGGCUACGUCUGCUGCUGCUGUCGCGGUGCAGAUUGUUGGGGUGUUCUGGUUGAGGGAGUGUCAUCCGGGGACGAUUCUACGGCGGAGACGAGAUGCUCUUGCCAAGGAGACAGGAAACCAGGAGCUUCAUACCGCGGAGAAAGAUGAGAGUCUAGGGUAUAAGCUUCUUCAUGCGUUUGAGCGGCCGGUGCGGAUGUUCACGACUCAGCCGAUUGUCUUCUGUAUGGCGCUUUAUAUCGCGUAUGUCUUUGGUGUGACGUAUUUGAUGUUUGCGACUUUCCCGGAUAUUUGGACGGAGGUAUAUCAUGAGAGCUCUGGGAUUGGGGGCCUCAAUUAUCUGUCGAUCGCGAUUGGGUCGUUCAUUGGGCUGUUUUUGAACCUCAAGCUUGUGGACCGGCUCUAUCGUGCUCUUAAAGCUCGGAAUAAUGAUGUUGGCAAACCUGAGUUUCGAAUGCCGUCGUUGGCUGUCGGGUCGGUGAUCAGCAUCAUUGGGCUUUUCUGGUAUGGUUGGAGCAUUGGACAUACUCAUUGGAUUAUGCCGAAUAUCGGUGCGCUGAUCUAUACCAUGGGCACGAUCUCCUGCUUGCAGGGCAUGCAGACGUAUAUUGUGGACAGUUAUCAGACCUACGCGGCUAGUGCUUUGGCUGCCUGUGCUGUGCUGAGGAGUUUGUGCGGCUUUGGAUUCCCGCUGUUUGCUCCUUAUAUGUAUAAUGCCCUGGGGUAUGGUUGGGGUACCAGUGUGUUGGCGUUCACGGCUAUGGUAUUCGGAUUGGGUGGGCCGUUUGUUUUCUGGAGAUUCGGGCCCCGGUUGCGUGCCAUGUCUGACUAUGCCUCUGGUUGA